AAACAAAACUCAGCUGAUCAAAACAUGCCACACAAGUCAAAUAUAAUUUUUAAUUAUUAAAUUUAAGUUUGAAGAACAAAUAUGUCAGACUUGAGAAGAAGAAAGGUUUCCUCUGGAUCAGAUCAAGAGAGAAAAACUAAAACUUCUGAAGUUUAUAAAGCUAAAAGUACUGUCGUAGUCUUAGAACUUAGUUCGGUCUUAUGCAUUGUUUUCGGAGUUCUCAUAGGUAGUUUACUGUGUGGUCCCUGGAUCCAUGAUAUAGUUGGUUACUGUCUGGGUUACAGAUGGGAUUUUGUAAAUAAAUGUAUAAUGGAGUCUCCUAAUGAAAACGGUUAUGGUACAGAUUUUUGCAGGAUUCCUGUAGAUUGCGACAUUUGUAAAGAUGUUCACAAAAUUGAUGAAAUACAUGUCAGUGAAUUAUCUGUUCAACUCUUUGAAGAAAGGUAUGCAUACAGUGAUCGACCAUUGGUUGUAAGAAAUGCAACAUUAGACUGGAAAGCAAUGGAUACUUUAAACUACUACUGGUUCAAAGAACAGUAUUUAAGUGAUCCUGAAAUACUAUCUUAUAAACAUGAAGAUUGCUGGUUCAAUAAAUAUGGAACAAAGGAGUUUAGGAACCUUGCUUCUGUAUUCAGGUUGAAUGAGGAUAGAAUAAAACUGAAGGAUAAUAAACCCUGGUAUGUUGGUUGGGCAGUGUGUCACACUGAUGUAGCAAAUAAUCUUUAUAGUUUGUACUCCAGACCUUCAUUCAUCAAUCCAGAUUCUACUCCCCCUUCCAAACCUUGGAUAUUCAUUGGAUCCCCUGGACAUGGGGCGAAUAUUCAUAUUGACAAUGUAGAUCUUUCAUCAUGGCAAGCUCAGAUAACUGGGAUUAAAAAGUGGUUUAUACAGCCUCCCCCAGAGUGCUCAAGAAAGUGUGGAAAUACUAUGGAGAUUACAGUUUAUCCAGUUAUAAUUUUAGGAGACAUUAUAGUGCUAAAUACAAAUGUAUGGUUCCACGGCACUCUGGUUCUAGGAUCUCAGCUUAGUCUGGUUCUAACUAAUGAAUACGAUUAACUCAGUUUAGUCUGGUUCUAACUAAUGAAUCCGAUUAAACAGAGUAUAGUUUGAAAACUGCAUAUCAGAAUCUAGUCAUUUAUAAUUCGAAAUUGUAUCUAUCAUUACCGUCCUUUCGACUUAUGUGAUCUGUGAAAAGUUGCUACAUAAUACAUUUUUCCCAUGUUAGAAAAUACAACGAAAUAAUUUUUGUUUU